AUGUCUAAUAACCGAUGUCGACGAUGUAUAGGAGGAAUAUCACGUCGUAUUCCUUGUUUUGUUGCUUGGAGUUUAUUAGUUGUAUUAUCAUCAUUAUAUUUUAUAUUUAUUUGUCCAUGGAUAACAAAUCAGUUGUCGAUAUUAAUUCCAAUAAUUCAAUCAAUUCUAUUUUUGUUUGUAAUUAAUAAUUUUAUAUUUGCUAUAAAUAUUGAUCCGGGAAGAUAUAGUCGAGCUCCACCUGAUGAAAAUGAUGAUUCAGAAACAACAUUUCAUAAAACAGUUGAAAUUCAUGGAACACAAUGUCGAAUGAAAUGGUGUCAAACAUGCGGUUUUUAUCGUCCUCCUCGAUGUUCUCAUUGUUCUGUAUGUGAUUUUUGCAUUGAUACAUUUGAUCAUCAUUGUCCUUGGUUAAAUAAUUGUGUUGGUCGUCGUAAUUAUCGUUAUUUUAUUUGUUUCUUACUAAGUCUAUUAAUUCAUAUGUUUGUUGUAUUAUCAUUUUGUAUUUAUUAUAUAUUAAAAAAUCAUUCAAAAAUUGGAGACAUACCUUCAAUAAUAUGUUUAAUAUUAAUGGUGCUUAUUAUAUUGUUAACUAUUCCAGUUGUUGGUUUAACUAGUUUUCAUAUAAUGUUAAUUAUUCGUGGAAGAACAACUAAUGAACAAGUGACAGGAAAAUUUAAAUCAAAUAUUAAUCCAUUUGACUAUGGAUAUUUAGUUAACUGUUCACGAAUAUUUGCUGCUUCAAGACCACCAAAAUUAAUAUCAUCAAAAAAAUCUUACUCAAAAAUCAAAUCAACUUUAUAUGAAAUUGAAGCAAAGAAAGAAAACAUUUUAAAUGGAAGAACUUCUGAAAAAAUAAAACAUAUAUCAAUGACUUCAGUGUAA